AUGGAUAGCUGCUGUUCAUCCUUUAGCCCUGGGGAGGCAGAAUGGGGAGCGAAGGAGGGCUGAGGCCCCCCAGUGAGCUGUUCGGGGGAGUCCAGAAGGCUGCAAAGCUGGCCAAGCCUUGCCAGGUGGCUGCAGAGUCAGCCCCAGUCCUUGCAAGCCGGGAGCUGGAGCCCAUCCAUCCAGGCAGCACCUGAACCAGAUCCAGGCAACUGGGCCAAGUCCCCGAGGCUGUCCCUGGGACCAGAAGGUAUAACCAGAGGGAAGCAUGGAUUUAAAUUCCAGGGCAUACGACAAAAGCUUAUCAUAUCUAAGAAGAAGGAGCUGAAAAUGACUUUUUAUAAGUGCUUGAAGGACACUGUCCUAUAG